GUCGUCCAUCAUCCACUCAACCACUGCCGUUUCCUUCGUCUGCGUGCUGUUUUUCUCUCCACCUCUUCCGAAGUCGUUGUUUCACACCGGUCACUGUCGCUGCUGCCGUCAAGAUGUUCAUGGCCUCCCGCAUCCAGACCCGCGCCUUCUCGGCGUCGGCGAGAAACCUCUCCAAGGUCACCGUCCUCGGUGCCGCCGGCGGCAUUGGCCAGCCGCUGUCCCUCCUGCUCAAGCUCAACCCCAGAGUCACCGAGCUCGCCCUCUACGAUAUCCGCGGCGCCCCUGGCGUUGCCGCCGAUGUCUCGCACGUCAACACCAAGUCGACCGUCAAGGGCUACGAGCCGACCCCGACCGGGCUGGCCAACGCGCUCAAGGGCGCCGAGGUCGUGCUGAUCCCCGCCGGCGUGCCGCGCAAGCCCGGCAUGACGCGCGACGACCUGUUCAACACCAACGCGUCCAUCGUGCGCGACCUGGCCAAGGCCUGCGCCGAGUCGUGCCCCGAGGCCAACAUCCUCGUCAUCAGCAACCCGGUCAACUCGACCGUGCCCAUCUGCGCCGAGGUCUUCAAGUCCAAGGGCGUCUACAACCCGCGGCGCCUGUUCGGCGUCACCACCCUCGACGUCGUGCGCGCCUCGCGCUUCGUCAGCGAGAUCAAGAAGACCGACCCGGCCGACGAGAACAUCACUGUCGUCGGCGGCCACAGCGGCGUCACCAUCGUGCCGCUCUUCAGCCAGAGCAGGCACCCGGACCUGUCGUCCAACGCCGAGCUGAUCCACCGCGUGCAGUUCGGCGGCGACGAGGUCGUCAAGGCCAAGGACGGCGCCGGCUCCGCCACCCUGUCCAUGGCCAUGGCCGGCGCCCGCAUGGCCGAGUCGCUGCUGCGCGCCGCCCAGGGCGAGAAGGGCGUCAUCGAGCCCACCUUCGUCGACAGCCCGCUCUACAAGGACCAGGGCAUCGACUUCUUCAGCUCCCGGGUCGAGCUGGGCCCCAACGGCGUCGAGAAGGUCCUGCCCGUCGGCAAGGUCGACGCCGUCGAGGAGAAGCUGCUCGAGGCCUGCUUCUCCGACCUCAAGAAGAACAUCGAGAAGGGCAAGGAGUUCGUCGCCAAGAACCCGGGCAACUAAAUUUAGAUGCCCGCGGCGAAAUUAUACCGAUUUCUUUCGGCCUCAUGAACAUGACUUUCCAGCGAGCAUGUGCGAAGCCAAGAUAGAAAGCAAGCAUGCAGUUGCUGCGAAGAAAGGUGGGGGGUUAUGGAGCAGCUGGGACAACAACAGCUAACUUUGGCGCUGGCGUUUCCCGUGGCGGAGUUUAGAGACAAGGGCCGGUCUCUCCUUAGACAAGCACAUCACAAACCACAAGCGACAGCUUUGUGCCUUGUACCAUAGAAGCAAAGACGUGAAUGUUAAAAUGUACUGCUUAGCCUUGCUCUGCUCCG